AUGGAUAAUUUUUUACAAUGUUCCUUAAUUUAUAAUUUUUUUCCUGCAGCUGUUGUAAUAACUGCUGAAGAAGAAAAACUGCGAGAUCCAUAUGGAUACGCAGCUGUUGUGGAGCUUCACAAACAGAUGGAUGUUGAUGAAUCUGGUGAUAUAGAUCGUAGCGAGUCGAAAGGGUUUAUCGGUAAGAAUGAGAUGGGGGGUGGCUCGGAUCGGGGGAAGCGAGAGAUGGCAUUUCAUCAUGGUAACGACGACAAAGUAGACGUUGAUGAACUUUGGGAAUCGUGGUUUGCUUCUAAUGAACGGUCCUGGUCUACAUCAGAUUUGGUUUCUUGGCUUGAGAAUAUUGUUAAACUUCCACAGUAUUCUAACGCUAUAAUAACUAAUCAACUCGAUGGAAGAGCGCUACCAAGGAUGGCGUUGUUGAACUCAUCAUUUUUAACGGAUGUCUUGGGCGUUAAAUCAUAUAAGGAUAAGAAGAAAAUUGUUAUAAAGGCUCUAGAUUUGGUGUUGUUUGGUUUAGCAGAAGAUGGAACCUCACGUGCCAAAGAUAUAGCCUUAUCGAUAUUGGCUGCUCUGCUCGUAGUAGUUUUAGUGACAUUUAAGACGCAGCAAAAACGGUCUCAUACUGAAAUGGAGCAGUUGACUUCACAACUAGCUCAGUUAAAAUCCAUGGAAAAUGACUUCGAAGAAGCGCAAAAGAAGUUUGAAGAAGAGAAGAAGAAAAGACAGUCUCUUUGCGAAGCAACGGCGGCUGAAAAUGAUCAAGUUGCAACGUUGCGGUCUCAACUGAUUGAGGCGGAACGGCUGCUUGAAAGUAAUAAUUCAGCUCCAUUGGCAUUGCAACCCCUUUUACAAAGGACCUGUGAGCUUGAAUUGAGUUAUAUAGAUCAGCAGAGACUCGAAUGCAUUGCUGAAAUGACGGAGGCAAUGGAACUCAUCGAGAAACUGCGCAAAAAGCAAUCAAGCAUUUUAGGAUCAAUUAAGCUUGCAACAGGAGCUUCGGAUGGAACAAAUCAAGUUGACUCUAAAAUAUUUUCUUUGAAAACUAGGAUGGAGAAAAUUUCGGUAACGACGGCAGAAUGUCAUCGACGGUGGCUUGAGAUCGAGUCGCUGUGUGGUUUCCAAGUCAUGGUGCAAGGAAGUGGGUCUGGUACGUUUUUUGUCAUUAAGGGGUAUCAAAGCAUAUGA